UUGUAUAUGAAAAGAGUGAAUUCUUAGGUUAUUUUAAAUAAAUCUUGUCAUGACUGACUAUGAUUUUGACCUUGAAGUUAAAGAAGAAAACGAAGAUGACUUGAACCAUUUAAAAACUGAACCCGAAUCGGAUGACGACGAAAAUUGUGAAUUUGAAAUUAAUCUUGAGAAACACUACAAAGCAAGUAACGAUGAGUGGGUGGACAAAAUCAAAAUGGCGAUUGGAAUCAAUAUGGAACCCAGUAGUCACUUGACUGAAAUUAAGAUGGAACCCGAGUGUGACUUGACUGAAAUCAAGAUGGAACCCGAUUGUCACUUGACUGAAAUGAAGUUGGAACCUGAUACUAAUUUGACACUAGAUGAUCAACAAAUUAGUAUAGAGGAGAAAAGACUGAAACCAGGCAAUUCAUCUGCGACAAAUUCAGUACCUGAACCAAAAAAAUGCAUGAAAACUGAGAAGAAGGUGGAACCCGAGUGUGACUUGACUGAAAUGAAGUUGGAACCUGAUACUAAUUUGACACUAGAUGAUCAACAAAUUAGUAUAGAGGAGAAAAGACUGAAACCAGGCAAUUCAUCUGCGACAAAUUCAGUACCUGAACCUAAAAAAUGCAUGAAAACUGAGAAGAAGCCUCAAAGUGUAUUAAAACCUUUCAACAGGAAACACAAUUUUAAGAAAAUGUCCCCAAAGCGCCGUCAUUUUGUUAAUCGACAACGGUUUAACCGGUUUAGGAAAGGGAAUAAUCAACCUAGGCCGUUCCCUUUUGCAGCACCAUUUUUGAAUAUUGAUCAUAAUGCGUUUCGGUUGUUACUGAUAAUCCUGUUAUCAAAGUUGUCGGUUCAAAAUGAUGAGCAGCUUUUGACGCAAAUUUGCAGUUUAGAUCUCAGAAGAUUCCAAACAUAUGUAACGAUUUUAGAAGCGCUUAAACUGUUAUUGGGACAAAAUGUUAAUAAUUAUGUGCCGAGGUUUCUUUGAAGUAGGUUUUUAUUAUUAGAAUAUUUAUUACACAUCUAAGUUUAUAAGUGUAUACGUACAAAUUUUUUAAUUAAACAAUUUACUGUAAUUUGUUUUGUUUUUUAUGAGAAAU